AUGGUUACCUUACCUGCUGAUGCUGAGAACAAAACCAUAACAUGGUUAUUUAACAACAAUACUAUUGCUCGGAAACAAUCGGGAGAGAAGCCAUCCGUUUACGAUAUGAAGAACUACCGGCUAAUGGAUAAUGGAAAUUUAAUAAUCCAAAAGAUGACGCUAUUUUUGGAAGGAUCAUAUAGACGUUUAGUUGGAUAUGAUCCAACACCUCUCAAGUUUGAUGUUAAAGUUGAAGGUACAUGAAGAACUUUUUAUCUGAUCGAGUGUUCGAUUCCCACCGUACCGGUCAGGCUAACUUUUCAGCCUGCCCGGUGUGCAUAUACACUCAGAGUAACAUAAAAAAACAUUAAGUUUUAUUUCCUUUUCAACCCAAAAUUGAUUUUUGCAAUUCUUCUAUAUUUCUAGUUGAGGUCAUUGAAUUUGAAAAUACAUAUAAAGAGAAGAUUCUUGACGGUGUAAUCCACAGGGAAUGGAAUAUCAAAUUCAACGUUUCAACAGGGCGUGUUGAAGACUGUAAAAAAGAAAUAAAUGAAAUGAAGCUCUGUUCUAAAAGGCCAGAUUCUCUUCAAUGUACCGAUAUUACUAAUGCAACUAUUGUUGCAACACGUGGGGCCUGUGAAGCCAAAAUUAUGUACAAUGUUAGUUUGCAGUAUUACGUUAAAUUUUUGCCAAUCGAUUCCCAUGAUUUUACACCAGGAGAGAAGUCCCAUGAAGCAAGUUAUGAUGAGCAUCUACUUAAAACUGUAGAAG